AUCCAUUUAAAAAUUUGAAUAUAAAUAAAAAUUAUAUUUUUAGUAUGAUUUUAAACAAUUUUGGUGGAUAUAAUUUGUUAUAAUUCAGAGUUCAUUAUUGCUAUAACUACUAUUAUAACUACCUGAUAACCGUUUAAUAUACUUACUACAUUGCUACAUAAUAAGAUAACUUCCAAAAGUGUUUAUAUUAUUUGAAAAUUUACUGUAAUUAUAUAACGACCCAAUUAACAACCAGAUGAUCACAAGUAAUCAAAAGCUUUAGAUUAUCUAUUCAGUAAUACAUUCAUAUAUACUAUAGAAUUAAUAUUAUCUAAAUCUUUCAUUAUUUACCUCGGUGUGAAUUACCAAAUAAAUUAACUGUUGAUAAUAAUCACAUGGAAGAUCCUAGUAAAUCAUUUAAAUCAGAAGAUAAUUUGGGUAAUCUUGCUUCAUGGAGUACAAUAACACAAACUACAUCACAAACUAUAACAAAACGAGAUCGAUGGAAAGGAAAAAUUGAUUUUCUUAUAGCAUGUAUGGGAUUUUCUAUUGGUUUGGGUAAUGUAUGGAGAUUUCCUUAUUUGUGCUAUAAAAAUGGUGGAGGAGCCUUUCUUAUACCUUACUUCGUCAGUGUGAUCCUGGCAGGUGUACCAUUAUUUCUUCUUGAAGUUGCUUUGGGUCAGUUUAUGUCUAAAGGAGCCAUUGCAGCCUGGGAUAUUUGUCCACUUUUCAGAGGUAUUGGAUGUGCUAGUACUAUGAUAAAUUUUCUGGUGAACAGUUACUACACAGUGAUUCUGGGCUGGGCAUUUCAUUUUAUUUUCGCUUCUUUCAGUAAAGAACUUCCAUGGGCUAAAUGUGGACAUUCCUGGAAUACUAAAUCAUGUAUUGAUGGUGUAAUCAGAACAAAUUUAAGCAAUUCAACAUCACUUCUCCGUCAACAUAUUUUGGGAACCGAUCCUGCUUCAGAGUACUGGGAAAAUCGUGUCUUACGAAUAUCAAAUGGUAUUGAUAAUUUGGGAACAGUUCAAUGGGAUUUAGCAUUGUGCCUUUUAUUAGCUUGGACAAUAAUAUUCUUAGCAAUUUGUAGAGGAAUUAAAACAUCCGGAAAAAUUAUGUAUAUAACAGCAACUACACCAUAUAUAUUCAUGAUUACAUUACUUAUAAGAACAGUUCAGUUAGAAGGAGCAUUAAAUGGUAUAACUUAUUAUUUAAAACCAGACUGGGAUAAAUUAACAGAUAUGACAGUUUGGUCAGAUGCUGGAACGCAAAUCUUCUUCAGUUAUGCCAUUGGUUUGGGAGCUUUGACUGCAUUGGGAAGUUAUAAUCGUUAUCAUCAUAAUUCAGUUAGAGAUUGUCUUUUAUUCGCUGGUGCAAAUACAUUUACCAGUUUAUUGGCUGGUUUUGUUAUUUUUGCAACACUUGGCAAUAUGUCUUAUAUAUCUAAUGUUCCAAUACAUUUAAUUGCAGAAUCAGGACCAGGUUUAGCAUUUAUUAUUUAUCCAAAAGCAUUAGGAACAAUGCCUGGUAGUCCUAUUUGGUCAUUUUGUUUUUUUAUUAUGAUUAUCCUAUUGGGAAUUGAUAGUAUGUUUGGUGGAGUUGAAGGUUUUGUUGCUGCAAUCUCUGAUUACUUACCUCAAGUGAUAUUAAAUCCAUGGUAUCGAGUUAGUUUUGUUGCAGCCACAUGUAUUCUAUCUUAUGGUAUUGGGUUAUUUAUGGUGACUAAUGGCGGUAUGUACAUAUUUCAAUUAUUUGAUUAUUAUUCGGGUAGUCGUAUCAUAUUAUGUGUAACAUUUUUGGAAUGUAUCGUGAUUGGUUAUAUCUAUGGAUGGAGACGAUUUGCAAAUGAUAUGAAAUCAAUGUAUGGCUUUUCACUUAAAUGGUUGUGUUGUAUAUAUCUAUGCAUUAUUACUCCAUUGUUUACAUUGGUUCUGUUUAUCUUCAGUGUAAUUGUAUACGAAGAACUCACAUAUAUGCGAGCUGUCAAACCUGAACCAUAUCACUUUCCGAAGUGGUCUGUGAUAUUAGGCUGGAUGAUGGCCAGUUCAAGUUUGCUUUUCAUUCCAGGUAUCAUGAUGACAGAGAUUAUAAGAACACCGGGAACAUUUAUAGAAAGAAUAAAAUACCUGUGUACACCUCGUCUUACUCAGCAUCGUUGUUCUUUAACCAAUCCAACUCUAAUUGAUCCUGAAAAUUCGGAGAUUCAAGAAAAUAAUCCCAAUGAUCAUGAUGAAGUAAAUUCGUGUACAACAGAAGAACAAGACAUAGAAAAAAAUAAUUCAGGGAAAACAGGGAAAAAUUUAAAAAUUGGAAAGUUUUGUAGAUCAUGUAUUCGAUAAGAAAUGAAGAUAUCUUCUUUAUAGAAGAAAUAAUAACAAAGAAUUAUAAUAAUAACAGAUGAAGUCCUUCGUCUUCAACAUAAUCUACAAUCUCUUCAGAUCUUUCAAUUUAUGUAUAUGUCAUCAUUGAUUUUCUUGUUAUUUUUAAUUUUGAAAUAAAAAUCAUAGAAACAUAUACACAUAGUAUCCAAGUAUGUUUGUGUAUACACUACAAAUAUGUGCAUUCCUUAAUAAAUCAUGAUUAAUGUACACUUUCUUCACUCUUUACUACUGUACAUCAAAAUUGUUUUCUUAUACUUUUCUUAAUUGAAGUUUAGUUACCAAGAUAAAUAUUCAUUUUUUAAGAUAGAAAAAAAGAGGUAGAAAUUUGAAAAGAACACAAUCACCUGAAAAAAAACAAACAUGGAAUCUAUUUGAUUAAUUAAUAAUGAAUUAUUUUAUUGUCUUUCCCUCAUAGUCACUCUUUCUUUUUCCCUUCCUCCAUGUAUCACUGUUAUUUCUCCCUCCUCCCCACUCUCUAUUUUUAAUUCACUUCAUGAAUUCAAGUGAGAUAAAAUGAAAUCAGCGCUCUUAUGUAAUUGUAAUAUUGAUUUAUUUAAAAUUAUUUUAAUCCUCAUAUUUUGUACACUAUUAUGUAAUACUUUUUUUUGUAAUUUUCAUUGUAAUCAUUUCAGACUAAUAUUUCUUCUUCUGCUAAUAGAUAUUAACUAUGUUUUUUUUAACCAUUUUGUUCUCCCCCCAUCAAAAUUAGUUUAAUUAUACAAAUACAUAUAUAUUUUUGUAGUUAUUGACUAUCACAACAAUUUUAUAUCCUUAUCUCAUUAUCACUAGUGUUUAUGUUCUUAUAUUAUUGAAGAAAAAAAAGCUAACCUACUAUAAAACAGAUAUUCAUUUAUCAAUGCUUCUUUGUAGUUCUCAGAUUGAAGUUAGUGUGAUAUAAAUGUGAAUGAUGCAAUUUGAAGCUAAAUCUGAAAUAGAAUAAUCAUUCAGUGAUCAUUUUCAUUUCAAGUUCAUAUUGAUUCAUGAAUGAAUUGGGUUUCGGUUGUUUCAUGUUCAUACUGAGAUUUGGAUGUGUUAGAUCUAAUCUCUUGUAGUAUGGUAGAUGAUGAUUUACAAAACUAAAAAUGAGAUAAGUGUUAAUUUUCAUCUAGUUUUUGAGCUGUUCUACAGAUGAUAUUGGAUUUUAUUAAAGGUUAUUUGUGAAAUGUACAAAUGAUCAUGUUAAGAAGAUCACAGGUUAUCAAAUCUUUGUUAGUAAAUAUUAGUUCUUCCAGGAAAGAAUAACUGUUAUAAAAUGUUCCCUAAUUUUUGCGUGACCUUUGGUGUUUUGUGAUUGAUUGUUAACAACUUUAGUUUGCCAAUUUUUUGUUCCUUAAAGUCAUAUGUUGUUGGUAGAUAUAAUUUUUUCUACUUUA